AUGCCUCAAGGCAAUGUAGAAUAUCCUCCGUCUGUGUUUGGCAGCAGGGAAAGAGAGUAUAGACAUCAACUCAUCGAUGAAGCAGUUUCUGUUACGAGAGUAGAGAAGGAUAAGAUUCUCUCUGUCUAUACCAGAGACGGGAACAAGCCUAAGGGCCCUUCUUUCUUUCAAGCAGAAGGACAAAAAGAAAGAACCAGACGAAGACUCAAAGGAGUAAUAAGAUGUGGAGAAGGAGACGACCUCUCCGGUCGAGCUAUUGACAUCUCUGCCCCUGAACAGGAUAAGCCUUUUAUGCCCCCUUCCCUUAUUCAGCAGAGUGGUGCUCACUUACCCGGUAAAGGCGGAGAGAUAGGAAGGAUCCCCUCGGCCCCAGAUUCUCCCCACUCAAAGACACCAUCACAGCCCAACCCCAACACAUGCAAACAAAUAAGGCUCGACGUACGGACUAUACUUUUACAAUAG